AUGGCCAUAUCCUCGCAGAGUAUCACUAUCGGCCAGUUCGUGAACCCGAUAUAUGCUAUCUCCGCUGUUGAUCGAAGGGAAAAGAAAAAGAAAGAAAUGAUUAGAUUGAGAAGAAUGACGUCAAAGAAAGUAAUGGAGAAGAAUGGAGGUUGUACGAGGCAUGGAGCAAAUGGACUCCUCACAACAUGCCUCCCAUCAGACCAUUCCACCGUCCCGAAGUCAUUCGUAUUGGACGGCAUUGUCGUCGCCGCGCUGAACGUCACCACAUACGAUUUCUUCUCGUUCGCUCGACCGAAACUCAGCACUCCCGGAACAACUGAUAUCUUAACCGACUCGCUCGUCGACAAAACCGAGACCCUGUAA